AUGGCGACACGGGAGGAGCAUGGUUACGAUACCCACAAACUUUUCUUGGCGGGCUUUUAUGGUGGUAGGGAGAGCCACAAACUUUUCUUGGCGGGCUUUUCAAGGGAGUGGAAGGGGAGCCACAAACUUUUUCUUGGCGCCAAAAAGUAUACCGCAAUGCAUGUAAUAUUGAACAUGUUCUUGCUACAUCACAACGCCCACAGCGCCUUCUCUCUUUGCAAGCUGAAGGUUGUGUGCAAGGAGCUCAAUCAAUGCAUAGAGGAAUGCAACGUCUGGAGCAGGUGCAGGUUCACCCGGAGGGAGUACGGUGGCAAAACGUGCCGCUCUUGCAACCGCAAGCCCCUUGCCUCCAAUGCCUUCGGGCUCUGCGGCAAGUGUAUCGAGGGCAGGACAAUAUCCGCCACAGAAUGCAAGAGGCAAUGGAACCUGAACGAUAAUGACCUGUCCAAUCUCACCGUUUCUUGGUUGUACAUAAGGCGCUACAGAAAGUCAUGCAGGUUCUUCUAUCUGCCCGAGGUGACAGAGUUCGUUCUCAUCAAGCAUGGUGGGACUACCAGGCUGCAAGAGUUCUUAACGAAGAAGGAGCAACGGAUACUUAGAUUGCGAGAUACCAAGAGGAACAAGGCGGAAGCUGUCAGGCAAAGGACAGAGGACCUGGUCCAGAGAUUGUCACAGGAGGGGCUGUUAAUGCAGCACAGCACAGAGGCCUGUGAUAUGUACAUCAACAACAAGAUGGAUGACAUCGAGGCUGCUGUCGGAAUGGUCAGGGCAGCCAAGGAGAAAGAGGACAGGGAGAGGUCGGCAAGACAAGACAGGAAGGAGAUGCUCGUGCAGAGAUUGGCAGAGAGGGGCCUAGCACUGAGGGAUGACUCCGCCGUGUGCUCAGACUACAUCAGUGGCAAGAGAAAUGACAUUGAUGAGGUUGUGACAACAAUGAUGCAGAUGAACUACUUCUUCACCAGAACGAAGUACAAGAGAAUCAUGAACAGGCUGAUCACAGAAUUCAAGCAGGAGAUACGCGAUACGCAUGGGUACAUGCCCUAUGACGAGUACCAUGAGCUUAUGGAGGAGGAGAUACCAAGGCUGUCGGAGAGAGCCAAGAGGAUGGCAGUAAAAGGGAGGACGGAUGUGCCCGAGUAUUGCAGCAGAUUUUGCUAG